AUGUAUCUUGUACCAACGAAGUAUUUGCUAUUGGCCGAAUUCGGUGUGUUUAUUCUGCACAAAAUCAUCAAGACAUUACUCAGGGCCUACCAGAAUGGCAUUUCGUCGAUCCCCGGCCCUUGGCAUUCCCGUUGGACUGGCCUUGUGGCUGAAUACCACUGGAUGAUGGGAAAUCGACCGCGAUACGUGCACGAUCUGCACCAGAGCUACGGUCCAAUUGUCCGAGUCAGUCCCGAUGAAGCUGAUAUCUGCGACAUCGACACGGUCCACAACAUGUACAAGGCCGGCAGCGGAUUCUUAAAGUCCACCUGGUAUGACAAACUAGCCAUCAACGGGGCCAAGAAUAUCUUCAGUGUGCGGGAUCCCAAGGCGCAUAGUAUCCGUCGCCGUCUACUUUCGGCUCCCAUGUCCAACGCAUCGCUCCAGUCCAUGCAUUCAACAAUUGACGCAAAAGUUCAACUUGCUGUGCGCCAGAUGCAGCAAGAAUUGGAUACUCAAGGAUUCAUGGAUAUCUUCAAGUGGUGGUAUUUCAUGUCGACCGAUCUGAUCGGACAGUUGACGUUUGGUCGGUCCUUUCAGUUGUUGGAGCGUGGAGAGAAAACCCAGAUGGCCACUGACCUCGAAACCCUCCCUCGUCUGGGAAUGAUCGGCUCUACGUUCCCUUUCCUCCUGCGUCUCGCCAGAACUAUUCCCAUGCCUUGUUUCAGCUCCGCCAUACACGCAUCGCGUCGUAUCAGGCAGUACGCCAAUCAAUCCAUUCAUUCCUACCAAGCUCUCGUCACGGAAAACCCGUCUCAACCCCCGCCUACCACUCUCUUCACCAAGCUGUUCCACACCGACCCCACCACCCUCGCUGACAUCCACAUCCCCAGCGAAGCGCAGGGCUAUAUCGUCGGCGGCAGCGAUAACACGGCGAUCACGCUAACGUACCUCGUGUGGGCGGUAUGUCGGGACGAAGAGAUUCGAACUGCGCUGCUGCAAGAGCUCGAUUCUCUCCCGACGGGGUUUGGGGACGAGCAGCUCAAGGAACUGGCGUUUUUGAAUUGUGUCGUGAAAGAGACGCUGAGGCUGUAUGCGACGAAUCCGUCGAAUCGGCCCCGGAAUCCCCCUAACCCUGGAGCCAGGCUGUGUGGAUUCUGGAUUCCCAGUGACGUGACGGUUUCGGCGCAGGCGUGGAGUUUGCAUCGGGAUGAUGGUGCUUUUCCGGAGCCAGAGAGAUUCAAUCCCUGGCGUUGGGAAUCUGCUACAAAGGUCAUGAAUCGCGCCUUUAUGCCCUUUGGAGGCGGGUCUAGAACUCCAUAUACCAAAACGUCUUACCCUGCAUAG